AUGAGCGUUACAGCAGAUGUUCGGACGCCGACUAAAGAUGAACAUGCAGAAAUGAUCAAGAAUCAAAAGAUAGUUGAUGGAUUCAAACUGAAUUGGAUGAAAAUGAAAGACGGCGACAAAGGCCGAGUUCUUUGGCAACAGACGACUGACUUCUCGAGGACAAAUGUAACCCACGAAGCUCGUAUUCCAAAGAGAAUACUCAAGUGCAAAUCGGUCUGCCGAGAGCUCAACUUUUCGUCAAAAGAACUCAUCGAAAACUUCAGCCUUGUUCAGAGGAUUUACUUCAAAGGGCGAUUAAUGGAAGAAUGGCCAUUUCAUUUCGGUUUUGUGAUGCCAAACACGACGAAUUCUUGGGAAAACGUUAUCGAAGCUGAUUCAGCUGGCGUCCUCGGUGCGUCCAUUCUGAGUGGCAAUAUUGAAAUCGAAACGCUUUUCUUCAACGAGUCCGUGGUCAUUUCCAAGUCGCGAGUCCGUGUUUUCUAUGUCUAA